CCGGCCGAUGUGUGGGCACAUCCCCUCUUAGCCGAGCUCCCACGCGCCCCCCGCGCCGCGCCCCGCCGCACCCCGCCGAGGCUCAGGCCGGGCCACUUCCGUCCCGAAAGACGCGCCGAGCGCGCCGUGCCGCCGCGCCGUACUGUGUGUGUGUGUCGACGACGUCGUCGUCGUGGACCCCGCGAGGACGCCGACGACGAGGUCGGCCCUCGGCAGGCGCGCCGCGGCGCCCGCGCGGCCCCGCGCGAGCAGUGAUGCGAGUGUGAAGUGAAUAGUGAUGUGCUGUGCUGUGUAGUGAAGUGAAUGUGCUAAGUGAAGUGAGUGAUGGUGACAUCAAGAGCAAUGAGUGCACGCCGCCUAUUGGAUUAACCGACUGCUACCUCUCCGUCGCCUGACAAGUGUGAUGGUGAUGCUUGUUCGCUAGGCAUGGCCCGGCGCACUGCUCACCAUGCUCACCAUACCCGCGGCUAUGCGCCGGCCCUGCCUCCCGGACGCCACGCAUAGGCCGUCACCGACGCUCGAGGAGGGCAACGACGACCCGCUGUCCUCGGCGUCGAACCGCGACGGCGGGGCGCCCCCGGAGGAGUUUGUGGACAUCCUCCAGGUGCAGAGGCUGCUCUUGGACAGCGCGGACCGCGCCGACCGGGGGCGGCUCGACGCUGUCGCCGAGCUUAAGGAGGUCGAGGGGGUGGCCGAGCACCCGGCUGCACCCCCGACGUCCACUCCCACCACAGCCACCACCCCUACCGCCCUCCGGGAGGCCUUCCUCAUAGCGAGUGGGCUCCACAGCGCCCCCGUCACCACCACCGCGCCCUCAGCGCCCCCGGGGGGCGGGCGCGCUCUCCAGCGCCAGCUCGGCGUCAUAGAGGUCGGGCCCCGCCACCCGGGCCACUACAAUGUGCACUACCCCCUGCCGCCCCACCAGCAGGUCGCCGUCGAAGAUCUCUUCGCCCUUUGGCUAAACUCGACGGGUGGUGCCGCCGGCGCCGGCUCUUCGCCCACCAUGACCAUGGACGGGCUGGACACGCUGCCCGCCCACGGCGGGCCCCAGGGCCACCCGGGCGGACUCAUGUACCCGCACUCGUCCACCGCCUUCCUGCUCACCGAGUCGGCCGCCGCCGCCCAGCACCACUUCAACGUGCUGAGCUUCGACGCGUGCCUGCUCAAGAACCCCAUCGGCCAGGACCCGGGCUCGAGUCCAGUGCCGGGCGCGCAGGCCGCGCCGGACGCCUUCGGCCAGGAGGCGGCCGCGCCCGACGUGCAGCCCGGCGACCUCAACACCCCCGUCACCACCUCGGGCGACAUCCCAUCCUUCUUCCCCAACAAUGUGGUGGAGCCGCCAGCCAUCUCCGGUGAGUAGUGUGACGUUUAGUGUGGAGUGACAGUGUGGGUGCUUGAGAGUUAGACGGAGUGAGCGACCGCGCCAGUGAGUGACAGUGCAAGUACGAUCGUGUGUGCGAGAGAAUGCCGAAGCGAAUGAUUUGAAGUUCGAGUAAGUGCGGUUGAGUAAGUGCGGUUUAGUGAGUGAGUGUGUGUGUGUGUGAGUGAGUGCGUGAUGGGUGGUUGGGCAUAUACGAACGUGCGUGGGUCUCUGGAGUGCGACACCUACCCCCGGCGCCCGGGACCGCCCAAACCCUUGCCAUACGCAACACCCUAGCCCUUCGGGUCCUUCGGGUGCCGCAGCCCCCUCCACAGGUUG